GUGUCAUCCUAUCCAAAACCCAGAGAGUUCGCAACCAUUACGCUCGUCUCUAUCCAUAACCAUAAAUAUCCCCCCUCCAACACCCAUUUCAUCUCUCCCGGCCACACAUUACACAAAACGAUCUCUUCCUUCAUAAGCGACACACAUAUUGCAUCAGUCACACUAGUCUUAGAAACACCACAACAAAGUACAACGUAACUCCAUAGUUCACUCAUCGUAUUCAUCUCAGCAAUGAUGAAGGCUCUCUCCCUUCCCUCCUCCACCUCCUCACUCCCUGAUCAAACAAUCAUAUCAAACUCCACUCGCAGAUGUAGAGUGGUGCCGAUGAUGGUGAGAUCUCAAUUUCGGGUUCCCCAUAGAAGAAACUUGGGUGGUACCUACAAAACUCCCAACUUCAGUUGGAUGGCAGCAGUUGGAGAGAAGGUGCAGUCCACAACUAUGCCAGCUUCUGUGCCGGUCCGAGUGGCACAUGAGCUUCUCCAGGCUGGCCAUCGUUACUUAGAUGUCAGGACUCCCGAAGAGUUUAUGGCUGGUCAUGCUGCCGGGGCCAUAAACAUUCCUUACAUGUUCAAAGUUGGAUCAGGCAUGUCAAAGAACCCCAGGUUUUUAGAGGAAGUGCUGGAACAUUUUGGAAAGGACGAUGAAAUUAUUGUUGGGUGCCAAUUAGGCAAGAGAUCACUCAUGGCUGCAAUUGAUCUUGUUUCUGCAGGUUUUACUGGAAUCACUGACAUAGCAGGUGGAUAUGCUGCCUGGACACAAACUGGGCUUCCGACACAAUCAUCAACAGAUUAAAAUGAACCAUUUUAUCUCAAUCUCUUCCCCUAAUCAUCAAUCUAAUAAUAAACCUACUGUAAAUACAAGCUAAAUAUGGCUACAGUUUGUUGAAGAAAAAGAGUUGGCUCUGUAAAUUUUCUUUUUUUAACUGUCAAGUGGCUGGAUGAAAUAGUUUAUAUAUUCAGCUUGCCUGGUUUUACUUUGCUUUCAAGUUGGGUAAAUGGGCAUGGUUGCACUUAUUGGCAUAUGCCCAUGUCUUCAAAUAACAUUAUUCAAGUUAUAUGUAUUAUGGUUGUACCAAGUGUCAAGAUAUGUAUACUCCAUCAAAUUAUUAUUAAAUAAGAGAAUUAUUAAUUUUAA